AUGUUGUUUUGCGAAUUCUGUGCCUACAGCUGGGCCGUUUUUGUGUCUUUUAGUGCGCCACUGGCUCGCUUCUGCAAACCGUUUGUUUGCUCUGUCGUCUACGGCUACGACAUUAUCCCCCGCCUCAGCAUACCCACUCUAAACGAUCUAAAAUGGCGCCUUUUUGACGCACUGGCUAACUGCAAGAUCCCCAAGUAUCAACUGCUUUGUCGCAGUGCCAAACUGUUGUUUCUUCGAUGUUGCUUGCCCUGCUGUGCCUGGCCAAUGAUUGGUCUCGAUACGAAGCUUCUGGACGAAAAGAUGCAGCAGCGAAUAUUGAAUCCAGAGGUUUACCAGGCUCGCAUAUCUUCCUAUAGCACAUCAUCUGAACCGUCAGAAAUACCAGGAUUAAGGAGCCGAGGUCCUUUGUUGACUGCGUCGUCGCCACCGGCUCCCGGAGGCCGGCGCGUUUCCGCUGCUCGGAGUACAAACCAUAACUGUGCGCCGGGCGAUGUGCCAAGCUAUAGUCGCUUCAGGCCGGGCCCGCGCUCCUUGGUUUGCUGGUUGAAGGAUUCAGGUCCUCUGAUUCUGAAAACCGCGGCACCUGGCACUGAAUUCUGUCCCCCCUAUGCAGAUCUCGAAGGCAAUGUGCAGCCGCAGUGGAGCGAGUUCAGCUCUACUAGUGCCCCUACCGGCGAGUACGCUUCGGCAGCAUCCUACGAAGAGCUCGUCAGCAUGGAUAGAAAUGUUAAAUUUGCGGGUGUCGUUCUACAUAUUGUUGAGGCGGAUGACUGUCUGUCGGCUGCUGAAUCUAGCGAUUUCCUCGAUGUUGAAGCGUCAUCACCAUGGUUACCCGAGAAUCACCAGCAGAAGACAUCAUGGCUUGCCACACCAUUUGCUCACUAG